UUUGUUUCAACUGAUUUCUUUGCAGGGUAAAAAUAUAAGGUCCAAAAUGCAACCAGAUCCUGAUGAACACACUAAUCCAGGGAUGGAGAUUCUGACUUGGGACCCCAGUCAUGAACAGUCUGUUAAAGGGUUGACACCUACUCCAUCCAAAAGUGCAUUUUGUGAAAAUGCCAGAAAGAUGAUAUCGCCUGAAAAUACGUGUGCUAUGUUCUGCCAGGGUAAGAACUGCAAGUACUGCACGUGGACAUUGUGGCCCGAUACCAAGAUGGCCAUUACUGGUUUAUUCUCAAGUUGGAUUACCAAAAAGAUUUUGGCUAUGUCUAGACCAACCACAAGUGUAUUCAAGGAGAAGAAUCUACUUCAGCAGUUUAAUGCCGAAAAUAUCAAGACUGUGAUCAACCUGCAGAUGCCAGGAGAACAUGCCUCUUGUGGUCAUGGUAACGAACCCAGUGGCUUUUCAUACAAUCCCCAAGAAUUGAUGGAUAAUGACAUUUAUUACUAUAAUUUUGGCUGGCCUGACUUUGGUGUAGGUGUCAUGAGCUCAAUCUUGGAUACAGUGAAGGUAAUGCAGUUUGCUCUAUCGGAGGGGAAGGUUGCCAUCCAUUGUCACGCUGGUUUAGGAAGAACUGGUUUGUUAAUUGCUUGUUACCUGAUCUUCAACAACAGAAUGACUGCAGCGAAUGCGAUCCACUAUGUCCGAUUCCGUAGCAUAGCAGAAAAACAUGAAGUGUCACUGCGUGAGUUCUUGGAUAGACAGAAGAAACUGUUGCAUGGUUUUGAGGCACGGAAGCUCAAGUACAUCCCUAAAAUCAUAUACGUGUGCUGUGAAAGACUGUUAGAACUGGCUAGUCGUAGGUUAUCUCUAAACAUUGCCAUCGAUUCGUCAUCAGCGAUAAAUCUGACGGACUCUCCGUCUGUAGGCAGGUGCACGUCCCCGUCUCGAUCGUCGAUACUUGAGGAGUCUGGAAGUGCCGACUUCCUGAUUGAGAAAGUUCCUGCAGUGCGUUCCAAGAGCUUCGAGGACUUGUCUAACCAGCAGCUCAAGAGAGUGCAGUCAGCGAAGGGCAGCAAAACGUUGCCCGAUGAAGUCGAUGACGACGACUGCAUCAUUUUCGGGUACGCGAAAAAAGGUCCACCCCAAGUCGACGAAGAGUCAUCUCCCAGUUCCAGCUCGAACUCCAGCUCUGAAUCAAGACUGAUAUCAUCCGGCGGGGAAUCCAUGUCAUCGUCAAGAAGAGCAUCGUUGGUUCCGUCGACAAGGAGAGAUUCAUUCAUGUCAUCCAAAGGAGAAUUGGUAGCGACGUGUAGGAGAGACUCGGUAGUGUCAAGGUCGAGAAGAGAUUCCAUUGCUUGUCAGGGACCGGCACUACACAUCUGUCGACACUGCAACCCAGCCUUGUACAAGACACUAGACGAGUCAUCACUGGCGGUCGCCAAUGCCAUGUCUGCGUUCGAAUAUUCGGUCAACACUGAAAGGAAAGUCAGAAGCAUAGAGGAAUCCCUAAAUAAAUCUGAUGAGGCGUGGAAGAAACUUGCCUUGGAGGUCAGUCCUCAUGUUCUCAGCGCUCUGCUCUGGGAAUGGCUGGAUCAUUUGAAAGAGCCAGUUCUCAGCAUACAGGAUCUGAACAGCAUGCUGUCAACACCUCAGCCAUCUGCUAGUGCCCUGCAGAAAGUGCAGAAGCACAUAAAACACCUGGUUGAGUACUUUGCCACAGUAAUAGUCAAACUGAGGCCGCUGGUCGAGAGCACAGAGCGUAUCCUAGUGGAGAAGUUACUGUGCUACUUGACGCAUCAAGUCGUUCAAAAAGACCUCCUCUCAGUACCCCUAAAGCAUCGCGACCACUGGAUCGAGAUGAAAAGCAAGAUGGCAGAACGUCUUUUCCUCCUCUUUGUUUCAGUGAUGAAUAGUACUCAUGUUAACAAAAGUCAUUGAGGGCCAGUAGAUAGGUUUGGGUAUUUUUCUAUGCACAUGGUACACAAUGUGAAAUCCCCGCCAAAUGUAAACAUUCUGCGUGCAUGACUGGUGACAAUUUACUCCCAAAAAUGUUCAGAAUUCAUCUGUGAUCAGAACGUGUUGACAUAAUAUAACACUAACAAAACCUUAACCAAAACGUGUACUGUCCCUUAAUUGAUUUUGUUGAGUAUAGUUACUAUAAAUAACUUCUUCAACCAGUCUAUGACCAUGUUGCAGUGCUAAUGCUGGUCACAAAAUAUUGUUCGAAAUUUGACGAAAUUUGUUUUUAAAAUGUGUAUACAAAUUUAAGAUUUAUUUCUAGGCACUUUUUUUACCUGUUAACACAAAUAGACUUGGACAUUGACAAGUCUCUUACAUUGACAAGUCUCUGCGUUCAGUUUCUUUAUGCUCCUUGAAUUCAAAUCAUGAGUUUUACCUUCUCCAUGAACUCCACAGUCAGAAGCAGGUCGUCUCUUUCGCCCCAUAGUUUUUCUCCCAAUUGUUCUUGGUUGUGGACAGAUGUACACAUGACCAAGUUACUGGGAGUACCACUCUAGCAAUCAGACCAGUUGGAAUGACCUUUCUCUUUCAUACUUAACGUCUGUCGCUGUGUAAUUACCCUAGAGCUGGCAAUUGUCUGAAAAUGCGAUUCAUGGGGGGUGCAGAAAUGGAAAUUAUUUAACUAGUCUGGGGGGCCAGAACCAACUAAAUUUUACUAGUCCGCCAGAAUUUCUACUAGUCUGCCAGUCUAUAGAACAAUAAAUUAUUAACAGUAUUAUAAUAUAUAGUGUCUUCUCUUGAAAUGAAAUAUAUAGAUAUAUUGACAAAACAUCAUUAAUAACACUUGGUAAGUGAUCAACAUGACAUGUCAAACGAAAUAAAAAAUACAGAUAGACCUUCGGGCUGGUAGUUGUAUUUUUUUAUAUCAGCCGUAGGAAUUUUUUACUCUCAUUUGGCGAGCAGGCAAGUACUUUCUGCAGCCCUGUAUAGGUUAUGUAAGAUUAUUUAACAUUCAGCAGCUGUAUUCUGUCGCCAUGUGAUCUAAACAUUUUGUAAUCACACUUCUGCUAGUUAAUAUAUGCUUUGAACUUUAAUACUGAGAAGUGUGUUUACUUACGUUCGAAAAAAUACAAAAUUAAUGUUUUUAGCUUGUAAUGUGAAAUACAUUGCUCAGUGAUGUUAUGCAACAGUUAUUUAAGUGCUCUUCUCAGGAUUGUACCCAGAAAUUUAUCAGUGAUAAAGAGAUGUGUUCGUAGGACACAUAAUGUGAAAUUAAUUACUUUAUUAUGCUUGAGGCGCAUUUUAGCUCAGUCGGUUGAGUGCUCGCUUCAGGUGCUUGCGUCGCAGGAUCGAACCACCUUGGUGGAUCCAUUCAACUGAUAGGG